AUGUCCUCUGCUCAAGAUUUCGCCACCAAGAUCUCUAUCGAUAGAUUCGAUGGAGACAACUACGCGACGUGGAGCCGCUACAAGCGUAGCGUGUUCCUGGCCAAGUCGACGUGGCACGUAGUCAACCGGGAGACCACCCCCACCUUCGCCGAUCCUCGCGCCAGUGACGAGUAUGUCAAGACGAGCAACAUUGCGUUCGGCUUGAUGCUGCUGCACAUGAGCGCGGAUUAUCAUCACGUGGUUAAUGACUGUGAAGAAGCGUGGGUUGUGUGGGCGCGGUUGAAGACUCUCAACGGCGGAUCACAAAAGGCGGGACGGAUCUUCUUGAAGCGACAGCUAUUAAGCCUGUAG